GUUGGAAAUGUAAACAUGUGAGGACGAAAGAUGUUUAUCUAUGAUUUGUAGAUAUUAGCCUAUGUUAGGCCUCUUGCGAUAUUUUUUUGAGUAACAUUGAGAUGCCUUGUUGCUGGGCUCUUCACAAACGUUGCAGAACUACAGCUGGAUGGAAAGUACCUGUCACUUGAUACCAGGCAAGAGUGUUCCAUUCACCCUACAUCGGUCUUGUUUGGAGGAAAGCCUGCCUACAUCCUCUUUACUGAGCUAGUCCACACUGGCAAGAUGUACAUGCAUAUCAACUCGGCAGUGGAUGCACAGUGGCUGUUUGAGGUUGCCCCGGAGUACUUCAGAAAACGGCAUAUCAAGAAAAUGUGAAAUAGAGACGUGAAUAGCAACAGGACACAACCUUAAUAUAGGCCUACGUGUGACAAGUGUUGUUGUUGUUUACUCUGUAGUAUCUUUGUGCAGUGACACAUUUGCACCAUAGGUGUCAGAAGAAAAUGCCUUUACUGCCUUCCCUGCCAAAGGUCUCUGUUAACAAUGCAGUAUUGAGCCUCUGCCAGUUUUCCCCACUUAGACCUAAUUAUCCUGAGAAACCUCAACUCCUGUUUUGUUAGCAGACAGGUGUCUUUCCAGCCAUGCUACCCUUCAUCUUACUGGCAACAGAGAAGGAAAAUUUUUAAGAGUUUCCUGGUGGAGAAUUAAGCUGUAUGAUGAGAGAAAGAGAAUGAUUUGGCAUGUGUUAAUUAAGGAACCUUUAGGUAGCUGUGAUCAUUAUUUUCCUCAUUGAAAUAAGAUUUUGAAACUAAGAUCAAAGAUGAUAAAUGUUUGUUAUACACUAGAUAGAUUUAUAUAACUUUGUAAUGUUUAUAUGCUAUUCUUUUAUACAAGAAAAGGACCAUAGUCUUUGUACAUUGUUUAGAGAACCAUGGUGUGGAAUACUUUAUUGUAAGUCAUUUUCUUUCCAGUCUUUGUCAUUUUAUGUACUUAAAUAAAGGGAUAUAAAAGGAGAAAAUUAAGAAUGAUAAAAAGAACAUUACACAAUUGUUUCAAAUAUGGAUUUUGUAUAGUACAUUUAUUAAACAGUCUUUGGAUACAUGCUCGUUAUUAUGCUUUACUUCAAACUUUACUAUUACUAUAAAUGUAUUUGUAUUCAUUUUGCCUACAUCAAUUUUUUAAUAACCAAUCUGUUCCCAGCUUCCAAAAUCACUUAUCAUAAUCAUACCAGGUGUGGCAGACUUGGAAAAACUACAAUUGAGUUGAACAGCAAUAGUGAGUGAUUCACAUUUCCUAGAAGAUAUUAUUUAUGAUAGUAUUAAAAAACAUUAUUGUAAUUAUCUUUAAAAGGAACUGCAAAUCAAUAAUUGAAUGGGGGGAUCCAAACACAAGAAAAAUCUUAAAGCAAUUUUAGAUAAUAUCAAUGUGGCCAAAUUAAGAUAAACUGUGUCAUCCGUUGAUCAAAAGUAAAUAGUGCAAAAAUAUUGGUUCUUCUGAAGUACUAAAUUUACCUGUUCAAUAUUUUUCAUUGUUUUCAUCAGUAAUGCAAUAACAACUGUUCUAUAAUAGGAAUGGUUGUACUAUUUUUCAUAAAGCAGUAAUCAUCCAUUAAAAAAAUGCAGGAUACAAUUAAACUUUUUUAAUA